UCUCGGGACAGCCGCACGCGAGCUCGAUUUUUUUUCUCGUAUUUCCUCUUCGAAGUUCGCGCAUCCGAUUUAGCUGCACACACGAUGCACGGAACAAGUUGUUUCCUCGUUUCGGCGCUUCUGCUGCUGCGGAUUAAGCACGCGUUUGGACAGAUAGCAAGUAAUAAUUUCAUUCCACCAUUGGCCAUUCAAAACAACGUAAUCACUCCAUACAUCGUGAACGAUGGCCUGACUAUAUGCAAGUGCGCUUAUCCGGGCAGCUGUCCCACAACAGUCAUCGACGUGCGAAUAGUCAACGACCCAACGAAUUCAGGCUGCCCGGCGGGCAUGAUCAUGUGCUGCACCCGGGACGGCAACAAUCCGAGCCCCAACCCGGCGCCCGACACCUGCGGCAUCCGCAAGAUACCGGCCGUGCCGCAGCAAGUCGCCGGCCGAGCCAGUUUCGGCGCUUAUCCCUGGCAGGCGAUACUCAAGGACCGCUCCAACAAUUACUUGGGCUCGGGUGUGCUGCUCGACGCGACCCACGUACUGACGGUGGCGCACAAAGUCGUCGCUUACGUCAAUAACCCGCAGGGAAUGCUAGUCGGUCUCGGUGAAUGGGAUGACCAAAGCACGAGUGAAGCUUACCGUGACAUAAAUGUAAACGUCGCGCGCAUAAUUCUUCAUCCGAAUUUCAAUUCGGCUAAUUUGGAAAACGACGUGGCUGUCAUCAAGCUCAAUGGACUGGUGCCGAUAGCUUCUUAUCCGAACAUCAACACGGCGUGCAGACCCACCGCCGCACCCGUAACUGGCACUAGAUGUUUCGUUUCGGGAUGGGGUAAGAACGCCUUCACCGGCAGCUAUCAGAAUAUCAUGCGCGAAGUCGACGUGCCUAUUCUCGACGGUACCGAUUGCGAGAAUCGGCUGAAAAACACCAGACUCGGUGCCGCCUUCAUUCUCAAUCGCAACAGUUUUCUUUGCGCCGGUGGCGAGCCCGGAAAAGAUGCCUGCACGGGCGACGGUGGAUCACCACUCGUUUGUUUGAAUAGUCAAACGAGCCGCUGGUCGGUCUAUGGACUUGUGGCUUGGGGUAUUGGCUGCGCCACGACAAAUGUACCAGGAGUCUAUACGAAUGUUUACAAUUUCUUACCUUGGAUAAAUCAGAUUCUCGCUACAGUAUAAUAUUAUAUGCUGAGAACUAUUAUUCUUGCAUUUUUUACUUUUUUUUUAAAUUUAGGUUAUCAAUAAUUUAAUUACACAAGAAUUGAUUUUUUAUAUUGUUACGUGGGAGGGGGUUAAAUAAAAGGCGAAAUAACUAAUUAGGCUCAAAAUAUAUCAGAGGGGAGGGGCCGUUCGCGCAAGGUGUCUCCUCGUCGCUUGAUGUACUGAUACUACCGCCGCUGAUGAGCUAUGCUUAUGACUCUCAUUGUAGUGCGCCGCGUCACUGGUGGGGC